GUCAUUCCGCGCCGAAACUCCGCGCGCGACGCCCGUGUCGCGACGCUGCCAGAACCGCGCGCGAACGAUUCCGCUGUGCUUGUGCGCCAUCUCUGCCCAAAAGGAUUAUUGUGAAAUGUGCUAUGGAGCUUGUUUAUUUGUGAUCGCCCCUGACGAGGGCUGAAUUUUUGAGUGAACAGUUUUUUGUGUUUGGAAGUUCAAUAUCAGGUGUCGGAAUGCUAAAGCACGUCGCGGUGUCCCCGCACCGCGCGCGCGCCGACUCCGUGAGCCUCGCCUCGUCCGCGUCCUGCUGCAGCCUGGGCAGCCUUGAGCACCGCCACGACUCCGUCACCGACCUCUCGCAUCGCACGACGACGAUCAAGGUCUACGCGCGGUGCCUCCGGCCGGACAUCGAAUACAAGACGCUCUCCGUGACGUGGGGCACUCGCGCCCGGGAGGUGGUCUCCACACUCCUGGGCAAGUUCCGCAUGCGGCACCGGGAUCCGCGGCUGUUCUACCUGAGCAUGGAGGUCAGGGUCCGCGCCGCGGGCCUAAGGACCACCCUGGUGCUGGAUGACGACGCCCGCCCCGCCGCGCUGCAGGCCUGCCAUCCGAAAGGAUACUCAAAAUUUUCGCUGCAGAUGCGUCCAGGCGGCCUGGUGAAGAUCUACGACUCGGCGCUGAUGUCCUCGUCGCAGUACAAGUGCAUCCUGACCAGCGAGCAGACCACCGCCGACGAGCUGUUGGCCAUCCUGCUGCACUGCUACGACUCCACCGAGGGUGUCGAGCGGUUUUCGCUAUACGAGGUCUGUCCCGCUCAAGAGUACGAGCGCAAACUGCACCCGGACGACCUGCCGCUGCAGGUGCAGCGCGCGUGGGCGGCCGACGCCGACUGCCACUUCCGCGUGCGCCGCAACCCGCGCGCGGCCCCCCACCCGGCCCCCCGGCCCGCCCACCAGGCCCCCCAGGCCCCCCGGCCCGCCGACCCCCUCGAAGAACCCUCGCGCGCGCUGUCCGCGCUGUCGCUCGAGGCCGACGCCGAGCGCCGCUACCACCCCGUCUACCAGUAUCCCAGCAUCGGAUACUGCAAGGAAACCAAAAACGACUACUUGUACAUCUGACCGGGCCCCCGACCCCGGGUUAAGGCACGACACGGGCCCGGCCCGGCCCGGCCCGCGAAGAGACUUCCCUGUGUACAUAGUGUAAAUACCGACGCCCCGAGGCGAAGCGGUGAAUCUCUGCGCGGAGCGAAACCAAAGAGAUGUCGCGGCACGGCUCCCGACUAACAGUGUUAGUUGACACAGAAUUAACGCUCGAUGUAAGUGACGUUGAAUGUCUGAGGUGAAAUGUACGCUUGUAAUAGUAAUCGUAUUUCAUCGGACGCAACUCCGAAUGAGACUUGCUUUGUCGUUCACGUUGUAACCCUGUAAUCAAUUACACGAAAGUAUAUCGAAUAUGAUAAAAUUGUAAUAGAAAAGUUUUUCUAGUCUACCAAAUCUUUCACCUCACGUGUCACGUUUCAAAUUGUAGUUGUUACCUACAUAAAAAAUACUAAAAUUGUAUAUAAUUUAGCUAGUAGACACCAAAGAGGCCAGCGAGAGAGUAUAUGAAAUUAGAGUUAUUUAUCUGUUAUGUAUUGUAAUGUUGUAAUUUAUUUGUGGACGCGAGAGGAGAGGCGAGCUUCGCUUGCUGAAUGUAAAGCAUCAUCGAAUUUACUUCAAUAAACUGCGAUACGUUUCAUACUAA